UAGGGAAAAAAACAGUUUUUAUUUAUUCUAUUUGAAAAAUGAAGCAUUUUGGAUCAUCGGUAAAAUAUGAAGUAUGAUAUUACGAAAACCGAUAUUUCCGUUGGCGAUGGCCAUUGGUUCGCUCACAUCCGUUCGUAGUUUGUAAGGUAACGCGGAUAUGGGUUUCUGUGACCGCUUCGCUAAAAGUUUAACUUUGACAGAAAAACACACAAUGGACGAGGAGGACGUGAAACCGACAAUUUUCGACCGAAUCACUGCUGCGGCGCAAUGCCUCGACCGCGCCACACAAGAGGUGCUGGCCGGCCUGCUGGGCGCGGGGGCGCGUGCCAGGGCCCUCUCCAGUAUCGGCAUGGCCUGCGAGAUCGCCCAGGACGUGACGGAAGAGCUUCAGCGGCCCGGGCCGAAGCUGGUCCCGGACGCCGUCCGGGACAACGUCCUACAGGUGCUGUCGACUGUGUUCGAGUCCGUCCGGAGCAGCAGUGCGCUCCUGGAGCGCCGCGCCGACGCCCCGCCGACGAGGCCGCCGCCGCCCGCCGCGUCCUCCGGCCCCUCGGGCCCCGCGCCAACCCGCACCCCCUCCGCGGGUUCCACGGACUCGUCAACCUGCUCUGACGGAGACCAGGGCGCCACCAUCGGCGCGCUGCGGAGGCACAUCAGCCCCAACAUGGGGCUCUCGAGCCUGGCGGGCAUGGCACACGCCAAGCGACUCCUCACCGAGGCCGUGGUGCUGCCUCUGAAGUUCCCCCAUCUCUUCCGAGGCACCCUCCAGCCGUGGCAGAGCGUGCUGCUGUUCGGGCCGCCGGGCACCGGCAAGACGCGCCUGGCGCUGGCCGUGGCCGCCGAGGUGGGCGCCGAGCUCUACUGCAUCAGCCCCGCGGACCUCCUGUCGAGCUGGUUCGGACAGACGGAACAGAACAUCCGCGAGCUGUUCGGCCAGCUGCGUGAGCGCGCGCGCUCCCGACGCGUCAUCGUGUUCCUGGACGAGGUGGACGGGCUGUGCCGGCGCCGCACGCACCAGGAGGCCGAGUCCACGCGCAGGAUGAAGACGGAGCUGCUGACCCAGCUGCAGUCGGGCGGCGGCCGGGCCGGGCCGUCGGGCGCGCCGGAGGGCUGCGGUGGCGACGCCGCCCAGCUGUUCUACGUGUGCGCCACCAACUGCCCCUGGGAGAUUGACCCCGCUUUCCUCCGUCGCUUCGAGAAACGCAUUUUUAUCGGGCUACCCGAUAGGGAAUGCCGCCAGGAGAUCAUACGCUCCAGCGUCAACUUCCACGUGGAAGCCUCCUUCCUGCAGGCGCCCGAGUGGCUGACCCUGCUGGACCGCACCGAGGGCUUCUCCGGCUCCGACAUCACCGACCUGGUGAAGAACGCCCUCUACCAGCCCAUCCGGGAGCUCACCACGACCAUGCACUGGUCGCCCACGGCAGGUGGGCUGUGGAUGCCGUGCCCUAGCAACACCAUCGGCGCUCUCAGGCAGAACAUGGACUCCUUCCCCCCGCACACGGUGGUUGCACGGAAUGUGACGGUCCGAGACUUCCUGGAGGUGCUGGAGACGGCCAGACCCACGGUGUGCCACGAGGACCUCGAGCGCUACGAGCUCUUCACGCGCCAGUUUGGUCAGCUGGGCUGAUUACAGCAGCGGUUCUUGACUGCUGAUAAAUGCCGUCGGGUUCUGUUGCACUUUGUUUUAAACGUGUACAAAUGCCGCAAAUUAUGAAAUGUUUUAGGCUCAUAUAUACGCGUGAAUCUAGGCAGAAUUGUUCCUGUUUUAAAAUUCUUUUAAUAUUUU